CAAACAGAAACAGAGAGAGGUACCUUCCUCUUUCUAUAUAGUGUAUGCCCUCAAUAUAUUUAUAAUUAUAAAGAUCCAGAAGCUGCUGAAAGGCGUUUUGCUGAGAUUAGAAAGAAAAUGAGUAGUAUAGUUAGGAAUCAAGGAAGCUGUGUUGCAAUCCGCGCUUUCUCCCCUUCCUCUUCCUUUAACCGUUGCUCUCACGGCUCUGUUUCUUCAGAUGGUACAUGUGGAAAGCCAGCUUGGUUUGGUAAGGGCCUUACUUGUGUUUGUUUCAAGCGGAAGGGAGUUUAUGAAGGGGCUUGCAUUAGCUUGACACCCAAACAGGAAGAAAUAUUGAAAAGGUUGAGGCACCGGAUGAAAGUUUACUUUGAUGGUUCCAGACCUGAUCAUCAGGAAGCAUUGAGAGCACUAUGGGCUGCUACAUACCCUGGAAAGGAACUGCAUGGCUUGACAUCCGAUCAGUGGAAAGAAAUGGGAUGGCAGGGAAGGGAUCCAUCAACUGAUUUCAGAGGUGCUGGAUUCAUAUCCUUGGAGAACUUGUUAUUCUUUGCCAAGACAUUCUCGACUUCAUUUCAAGGGUUAUUAAAAAAGCAAGGCGGAAAACGAUCUGCAUGGGAGUACCCAUUUGCAGUUGCAGGCGUAAAUAUCACAUUCAUGAUCAUGCAGAUGCUGGACCUUGAUGCCACGAAACCAGGGACAUUUAUCAGAUCAGUUUUCUUACAGAUAUUAUCGGAGAAUGAAUGGGCGUUUGACUUGCUGUACUGCGUGGCAUUCGUGGUAAUGGACAAGCAAUGGCUGGAGAGAAAUGCGACGUACAUGGAGUUCAAUGAAGUAUUGAAAUCAACAAGGUGUCAGUUGGAAAGAGAGCUCCUGAUGGAGGAUGUGUUGCGGAUUGAAGACAUGCCUUCUUAUAACCUUCUCUGUUAGCCAUGAUUACUCGGAUUAGGAGGUGAGGUCUUCAAAGUUUGUACAAUCCCUAAUUUUUUCUCUAUUUUGGAUUUCUCCCUACUAUAUUGCCCCUAGUCUUAAAACGAC